AUGUCUACCAUGAGUCCCGAUGAUUCAAUCGCCUUGAUCAAAGCUAAUCUAGCCGAGGUUCUUAAUCCAGAGAUUAUCGAUCAUGUCGUCCGCGUUGAGCAGCGACCGCUCAAGGUUUACUGGGGAACGGCGACGACUGGUCGACCACACUGCGGAUACUUAGUGCCCAUGAUCAAGGUGGCUGAGCUCCUUCGAGCAGGCUGCCACGUAAAAAUACUACUUGCAGAUAUACAUGGCUACCUAGAUAAUAUGAAGGCACCACUAGAGCUUGUUGCAUUUCGCGCCAAGUAUUAUGAGAAGAUCAUAAAAUCAUUACUUCAGGCCGUUGGAGUAGACAUCUCACGGCUUGAAUUCAUACUUGGGAGUUCGUACCAACUCGGCAAGGACUACACUCUCGAUCGGUUCAAGCUGGAAGGUAUCACUCGAAUAAAUGUGGCACAAAAGGCAGGCGCAGAGGUGGUUAAGCAAACAGACGAUCCUACCCUUGGUGGUUUGAUCUAUCCGUUGAUGCAAGCAUUGGACGAGCAAUAUCUGGAUGUUGAUGCACAAUUUGGCGGCGUUGAUCAGAGAAAAAUAUUUACGUUUGCCAUUGAGAAUCUUCCCAAGAUUGGAUAUAAAAUGCGAGCGCACCUUAUGAACACCAUGGUUCCUGGAUUGGGUGAGGCAGCCAAAAUGAGCGCUAGUGACGUCGAUUCCAAAAUUGAUGUUCUAGAUGGUCCUGACUUGGUUGGAAAAAAGCUCAAGAAGGCAAAGUGUGUUCCUAAAGAGGUAGAAGGUAAUGGAGUCUUAGCUUUCGUGGAACACGUCAUAUUCCGCGCUAUUGCCCUCAAGUCAGGGCUCCCCGCUAUUUUUACCGUAGAAAGAGAAAGCAAUGAGGAUUCGCUAGUUUACACAUCUAUUCAACAGCUCAAAGAAGAUUACGCAGCCGAUAUCCUUACUCCUCAGCUACUCAAAGUUGCACUAACAAGACAUCUGAACGAUAUUCUUAGUCCCGUCCAUGCCGACUAUGAAGCUGACAACGAAUGGAAAGAUAUUGAGGCGCGUGCAUACCCAGCUGUUCAAGCAGAGAAAAAAGUCAAGAAGCCCAAAGACAAAGGUGACCCAGUUAAGCGCGCAGCCGCAGCUGCGGCAAGAAAAGUGGCUGAGCCAGAUGCAUCGAAUACUUCUAAUGAAAAGCUUGAAGUAGAAAAGUCUACACCUUGUUUAAGCACAGAGUAG